CAUCCACCACACACCCACUAAUACCGCACCCACCAACACCCCACGGACGCAGCUCGACGCAAUCAUGGCGGGCGACACCGCGAUCAGCGCUGUCACGACCAACAUGCAAGUCUCUGACGGAGUCGAAGAGGAAGUCGCCUCGCUCCUUCCUGUCGAGGCAUACAGGAGCCUGACGUCCGUCAGUCGCCCUCUCUUGAUUAAGAUGAACGCAGAGUUCCUCCAGAAUCCCAAGUUUCGGGACCACGUUCGAGGAUUCUUUGACCCUCGUGCGCUCCUUAAAGGCAUAUUAACAAGGUACGGGGGCCAGCCAUUCCGGUUCAUGGACCUGCCCGUGGAAGUCCGGUUGCGGAUAGCGGAAUAUGCAUUGGCACACGAUGAAGGCCUCUUCUGGCAUUGGGAGAGCUAUACUCCAGAUAAGAUGAUUGGCAGGUUUCGAAAGCGUCGCUUUCUGUUUCCGGAUCACAAUCAUUUUAACCCUCUGGGCCUCGCAUGUCGACAGCUGCACCGAGAAACGGAAUACAUACCAUUCAAAGUCAAUACCCUACACUUUGACGUCAUGGAAAUGGGAGGCGAUUCCUUUGACGACUAUUCCGAGGCACCCAUCGAAUAUCUCCGCACCGCAAUCAAGGCCUUGCGCCACUUCGUCAGCCAUGCAUCUACCGCUAUCAUAGUGGCUACGCGAAUUGUGCACAUCAAUUGUUUUCGAGUUUCCGAGGAGCAACUUCUACUGUUCUCAAAAGUCGUCAAGGAGACUCCGCAUAUGAAGAUCGACCUUUGCCCUUGCUGGUGGGCUAACUCGGACGGCAAGCGAACUCGCGAUAUCGACCAGUUCAUGGACGAUGGCAGGUGCUAUGAGACUAUACUCUCGAAGCUCAACUUCAGCCACGCCGGCCGAUCUUGGCGAGUAAGAACUGGGUCCAUGGAUCGGGCAGCAAUUGACCGUCUCCGAAAGCACCUUUCUCCCGAUGACUUCACCACUGCGCUCCGAUGGAUCGAGGAAGGUCUCUAGUCGGAUUAGUCUUUGAAGGUCUCAUGGCUUUCGGAUGAGAAAGGAAGAGAACAUGGGCCCCGCGUCAACCCCAAGCAAUGUUUCGAACCAGCCGGUGGAAAUGUGGUGGGAGGUGGAUCCGGCAGUCUGGAAAGCUUUCCGUACGGGAGCGUACCUGAACGAGUAAUGGCGGGGAGUAAUGUGAAGCAUGGAAGCUGCAUGACAGCGCACAAAAGUUGUUGAUAAAAUGGUUUCUUCGCGAUGGAUCAAAAUGUAAGGAGCAAAGUCGAGAGGUCUACCACUAAUUCCAAAUACUUCACUG